AUGGCCAGUAAUAGUACCGUCAGUCUUCAAAGUGGAUUGAAAAAGGCUAAUGGCAACGAAUCUACUGAUCAAAUAUCGGUUAGUUCUAAAUCCACGGCUGCCAGUGCCAGUGGGUCUAUUCUGAAGAAAGGAUUGAUUAAACGUCAUACUCCCUUCGAGAAACCAAUAUUUCCUAUUAAGGAGCCGGAUUUUGAUCUCACUGAAGAACAACAAGCUCAAUAUGACGCUGUUUUAAAGCAUUUUCAAGAGUACAUCAAGACGGAGAUCCCUGUGAAUGAUCAGCCUAAAGCUGCAACACAUGCCGUGCUUGAUGUUGAGAAAUCUUGGCUAACCAAGGAAUGUUUCUUGAGAUACUUGAGAGCUACCAAAUGGAAAACCGAUGCGGCCAUAAAGAGAAUUGAAGAAUCAUUAAUUUGGAGAAGAACAUUUGGGGUAGUUUACAUUGAAGGUCACACUGAUGAAGCCAAAAAACUCACUCCGGAAUUAGUUGAACCAGAGAAUUUAACUGGUAAGAAUUUGAUUGUUGGUUAUGAUAACGAUAAUAGACCCUGUCUUUAUUUAAGAAACGGAUACCAAAACACUUCUCCCUCUUUAAAACAGGUUCAACAUUUGGUUUUCAUGUUGGAAAAAGUCAUUCAAUUCAUGCCUCCUGGUCAAGAUACUUUGGCUUUAUUGAUUGAUUUCAAAGCUGCACCAGCUCAUAUGAACUUAUCUUCUAAGUUCCCGUCAUUAAGUAUAUCAAAACAAGUUUUGCAUAUUUUACAAAAUCAUUACCCAGAAAGAUUGGGUAGAGGCUUAUUCACUAAUAUUCCUUGGAUUGGUUACACUUUUUUCAAAGUCGUGGGUCCAUUUAUCGAUCCUUAUACUAGACUGAAGACCAUUUAUGAUCAACCUUUUGAAAAUUAUGUUCCUAAAGAACAAUUGGAUAAAGAAUUUAAUGGUAUUUUGGACUUUGAGUAUGUUCAUGACGUCUACUGGAAAGAACUUAAUUCUUUAGCGGAUAAAAAAUCUGCCAUUUAUAUGAAGAAUUUCGAAAAAUUGGGUGGUAGUAUCGGAUUAAGUGAAUACCAUUUAAGAUUAGAAAAUAUAGAAACCAAUUAA